AUGAAGUCAGUCUACUUUCUUCUUUCAACAUCAUCACCGUAUAAGAGCAUCGAGGAUGUAGUGAAGAAGACCAGGAACACCUGGCUCCAGGCUCACCUCUUCAACACUACUUUACUCCCUGCUCUGACCUCUGCCUCAGAAACCUGGGCUCUUCGCAAGCAGGAAGAAAAUGCGGUGAGCGUCAUUGAACGUAUCCCGCUAGGAGCAUUCCGCUUCAUGCAAGUGAGAGACGGUAUUCGAAGUUCUGUGCUACGUCAGCUAUCGAGGUUCAGAGACGCCGUCACAUCUGCCAAGUACAGCAGAAUAAAGUUGGACGGACAUGUGAUGCGCUUCAACGACAACCGUUGGACCAGAGUCGUGAGCGACUGGGUCCCACUAGGAGGUUCAGAGACGCCCCCCCCCCCCCCCCCCCCCGAUAUUAAGCGCACUACAGGAAGACCGCCGACCCGAUGGUUAGACUUCUUCACAAAGUCCUUGAAAAGAAAAUUCGAUGCUCUUCGUGUUCCAAGCAAAAGGAGAAACCAUUGGGCGACUCUGGCAUGCGAUCGGGAUAAAUGGAAGGAUUACUAG